AUGAGGUCAAACCUGCUGAUGUUUGUGAGGGACGAGCGGAUGAAAGAAAUCCUGACGGCGACGCCAAAAACAAAAAGAAGUGGCCUGUGUUCAUUAGUGUGGCCCGAAGCGUAUCUACAGAGUCCAGUGUCAGGAGGAAGUAGAGUCAGCCCUUUAAAAGAAGAGUGGAGCGGGGCCGCCGUGCUGUCGCCUUCCGGGUUCUACGCCAAACGGCCGGAGCAACAGCAGGAUGAAGAGGUAGAGGGGCAGCAGGAGGUUGUCGAUUUGGGCGGUGUAGGCCUCCAGCAUGGCCACCAUGGUGAUGGAGCCCACGAUCCAGGAGUAGCUGGAGUUCAGGUUGAUGCUGGCGUCGAAGAUGAGGAAGACGGCCACGGCGAUGAUCUGGGCGAACACCGACGUGGCCGUGCCCUCCAGGGUCUUCUUGGUGCCCGGCCAGCGGAUCUCGCCCAUGGUGCUGCCGAACACGGACGCCACCGUGUCCCCGACGCCCACGGCCAGCACGCCGGCGUAGGGCACCAGGCCGCCGGCCCCCGGGAGCAGCCCCUUCGGAGCGCAGGCCCCCGGGAACAGCCAGAUGGGCAGAGACAUGCCCAGCAGCAGGUAGACGUGGGUCAGGAUGAGGGGCCCCGAGUCGCGCUCGUCCAGGAAGAGCGUGAGCAGCUGGCGGAGCGGCUGGCCCAGCGGCCGGAUGCGGAAGAAGCGCACGUACUCCAGGAACAGGAAGGCCGCCAGGCAGCCCACCGAGGCCACGUGCAGCAGCUGCCGGUCGUAGAUCAUCCCGGGCACGUAGGUGGCCACCACGAUGACGUGGAAGUACUUCCUGACCACGGUGGAGGCCUGGUGCUUCUUGGAGCCCGACUGGCGGCGGUGGUUCUGGUGCAGCACCACGCCGGUGGCCGCCGCGGCCAGGAACAGCCAGUAGGCCAGCAGGCCCAGACGCCUGUCGUUGAGCGUGACGAAGUCCAGCAGCCACAUGAGCGGGUGCCGGCCGAUGAACAGGGACAGCCAGGGCAUGAGGAUGCCCAGGACCAGGACGGCCGUCAUCAUGUGGAAGAAGAGCGAGGACACCCAGGUCUCCGACUCCAUGAAGCAGAAGAGCAGCGCGAAGAUGACGCCCAGCAGCAGGGAGCCCAGCACCACCACGGGCAGGAAGUAGUUGACCGGGUCGCCUUUGACCUCCGCCAGGUUCAGGGAGCGCUUGAUGAGCUGGUUGACGAUGAAGCUGAUCCCGCCCACCACCAGCAGCGCCUCGCCGGGCGUGAAGCAGCGCGGCAGCAGGUAGAGCACGAUCAGGCUGAGAUAGACGAAGAUCAGCAGCACCUCCAGGACCUCGAUGACCUCCGACACGGUCAGCGUCUGCUUGGUGGUGUAGAGGAUGGCGCUGCCGGCCAGGCCGGCCAUCACGCAGGUGUUGGUGGGCACGGGCCGGGUGAUGCCCAGCGCGAUGAGGGACAGGAAGAGGGCCAGCAUCAUGCCCGUGAUGGUCACCACCAUGGAGAAGCGCUCGAAGUAGACGUUCCCCGAGGCCGAGCACUUCUCCCGCAGCACCAGGCCCAGCAGGGGCAUCACCAUGGAGGCCGGCACGAUGCCGCUGUUGGCCGAGGGGCGGAACUGGAACACGGCGCCCCCGGACCGGAGCAGCCGGUCCCACUUGUGCUGGACGUAAAAGGCCUGGAUGAAGAGGGCCACGAUGCACCAGGAGUGCUGGUUCCAGACGGCCGUGUGGACGCACAGCACCACGGCCAGGACCACGGAGGACUCCACCACCACCGGGUUCACCUGCAUGGUGACGGAGCGGAGGCUGGCGGGGGGGCGGGGGGGAGGCGGCGGAGGCUUCUGGACAGACGUGCUGCAACGAUGAGGGCCCACUUCCAUCAGUUCCUCUCUGGGGCAGUCUUCAUCAUGGGGGUUGUCCUGUUCACUUAA